AUGCUGGGUGGUAACCAUGCUGAGGAGGAAGCCAUGUGGGGUGGUAACUAUGCUGGGGAGGUAACCAUGUGGGAUGGUAACCAUGCUGGGGAGGUAACCAUGCUGGGUGGUAACCAUGCUGAGGAGGAAGCCAUGUGGGGUGGUAACUAUGCUGGGGAGGUAACCAUGUGGGAUGGUAACCAUGCUGGGGAGGUAACCAUGCUGGGUGGUAACCAUGCUGAGGAGGAAGCCAUGUGGGGUGGUAACUAUGCUGGGGAGGUAACCAUGUGGGAUGGUAACCAUGCUGGGGAGGUAACCAUGCUGGGUGGUAACCAUGCUGAGGAGGAAGCCAUGUGGGGUGGUAACUAUGCUGGGGAGGUAACCAUGUGGGAUGGUAACCAUGCUGGGGAGGUAACCAUGCUGGGUGGUAACCAUGCUGAGGAGGAAGCCAUGUGGGGUGGUAACUAUGCUGGGGAGGUAACCAUGUGGGAUGGUAACCAUGCUGGGGAGGUAACCAUGCUGGGUGGUAACCAUGCUGAGGAGGAAGCCAUGUGGGGUGGUAACUAUGCUGGGGAGGUAACCAUGUGGGAUGGUAACCAUGCUGGGGAGGUAACCAUGCUGGGUGGUAACCAUGUGGGGGGGUAA